UUCCUCACGCGAUAAAAAGCCACCACCCCGUCGCCUCGCCUCGCUAACCCAUUUCCAAAAGCAAAGCUGCUAGCUCAUCUCCUCUCUCCCUCUCGCUCUCUCUCGCUUCCUCUCUCGCGCACGCGAGGAAUUCGAGUUCUUGGUCGGUGUGGGUGUGUGUGGGAUCAUGGCGCAGAGGGACAAGAAGGUGGAGGAGCCGACGGAGCUGCGGGCGCCGGAGAUGACGCUGUGCGCCAACAGCUGUGGCUUCCCGGGCAACCCAGCGACCAAGAACCUCUGCCAGAAUUGCUUCUUGGCGGCCUCGGCUUCCUCCUCCGCCGCCGCGCCGCCGUCUCCUUCCUCCUCCUCCUCGUCGCCGUCGUUUGCGGUGGUGGAGAAGCCGAGGGCGGCUGCACCAGCGGCUGCGGUGACGCUGGUGGCCGCCGCGGCCGUUGACCGGCCGACGGCGGGGCCGAUGGAAUCGAAGGCGUCGAGGUCGUCGGUCAACCGGUGCCACAGCUGCCGGAAGCGGGUCGGCCUGACCGGGUUCCGGUGCCGGUGCGGCGAGCUCUUCUGCGGCGCGCACCGGUACUCCGACCGCCACGACUGCAGCUUCGACUACAAAUCGGCGGCGAGGGACGCCAUCGCCAGGGAGAACCCCGUCGUGCGCGCCGCCAAGAUCGUUAGGUUCUAAAGAUUGAUACAAGAGGAAAACCUGAAAUUUCCUCCUUUUUCUUUCUUUUCUUUCCUUUUUUUCUUUCCUUUUUAAAAAAUUAAAGGUGAGGGUGGAUAGUAUUGUUCUUUUCCUGAGAGCUUCUCAAAGGUGAACAAAAAGAGAAGAAAAAAGGAAAAGAAAAGGGAGAUGAGAUGAGAUGGGUGACUCAAGAUGCAUCAAGCAAAGGAAGAACAAUAUGGUGAUGAUGAUGAUAUUGUUGUUGCAGUGGUGGUUGUGGUUGGAUGGAAGAGGAUGGAGGAAGGAAGAAGAUGGGGAUGGUGUGUUGUCCUCCCACAAAUCUCUAUUUAAUUUAAUUUCCUUCUUGUAUAAAAAGUAUUAUAAUCUGUGGAGAGCAUUAUUACCAGCUUUGAGCUAGUGGAAUAUUUUUCUUUUAUUAUCUUCU